GCGUUAAUGAAAUACUAUACGAAUCUGAAAGUGAAAUAUACGAAGCGGGGAAAAGAAAACGGAGAAGAAGAAGAAGGGGGUUCAGUGCAAGAAAAACAACCGAGUCGGAAACAGACCAAGACAUAGACUCGGGCAAUCAAGCGGCAAAGGCCAUUGCUUUCUGCUUCACUGAGAAGAUGAACGCCGGCCCAUCUGGUUUUACCAAUGCUCCUGUCACAAGGACUUUCAUCAUCGCAUCAGCUCUUUUUACUAUCUUCUUCGGGAUCCAAGGCCGUUAUAAUAGACUGGGAUUGUCUUAUCAGGACAUAUUUGGAAAGCUUCGCCUUUGGAAGUUGAUUAUGUCCAUAUUUGCCUUUUCAUCAACCCCGGAGUCGAUGUUUGGACUGUUUCUGCUAUAUUAUUUUAGGGUCUUUGAGAGACAGAUAGGUUCCAAUAAAUACUCGGUCUUCAUCACAUUCUCCAUGUUAAUAUCACUACUAUUUGAGGUGCUUUCUGUAGCAAUCUUAAAAGAUCCUGCGGCAAACUUAGUCACCUCUGGACCCUAUGGUCUUAUAUUUGCUUCAUUUGUGCCCUUUUUCUUUGACAUUCCAGUUUCAACACGGUUUCAUGUAGCUGGUUUCCACUUCUCUGAUAAAUCAUUCAUAUAUCUAGCUGGUCUACAGCUUCUUUUAUCAUCGUGGAAAAGGUCUCUUUUACCAGGGAUGUGUGGCAUCCUUGCUGGUUCCUUGUACCGUUUAAAUGUCUUCUACAUACGCAGAGCAAAGUUCCCAGCGUUUAUUGCCUCCUUCUUUUCAAGGAUUUCUUUGCCAUCCAUGGGGAGUCCACGUUCAGCAUCAACAAGGAACGUAGUGGGAAAUAUGCCAUCCUAUCCAGCUCGCCAGAUGGAGAGGAACUACCCUGCUCCUGCGCAAUCUGUCCCAGAACCAUCCGAGGACUCUAUCUCUACACUUACCUCUAUGGGCUUUGAUAGGGAUUCUGCUAGACAGGCACUAGUGCAGGCCAGGAACGAUGUUAAUGUGGCCACAAACAUUCUGCUGGAGGCACAAUCCCACCAAUAGAGUCAUUGCAUAAAUGAAAGCCUAAUUGUUUUCAUUUUGACAUAUGGAAGCCACAUCAUGAAGUCCUGGAGGCUCGAUGAUUCUGAUGUGAGGAUGGUCAUGGUUAUGGUAACUUCAGACAUUUUUUGAUGCCAUCCUCAACCGGGGUUCCUCCUUUUCUUUCCAUGUCUCCUGUUUAGGAAUGUCGGAUGGCUGAGAAUUAGGAACCUGUACAAAUUACUUAUACCAUAAGAAAAACAUGCCCAUCAUUUUACAUGUGAAUCGGAUAGCUGUAGUGACAGCCUGAUAGGUUGUUAUAUGCAGAUUGUUCUGGCACAUUCAUGCUUUACUCUACUAGGCUACGAAAAAGGCAUCUCAUGCGGUCUGCGUCAAGUCUAUUGCGAUAUUCCCAGUUUAUUCCCUCACAUCUUCAAAGAGAAAAAAAGUUUGUUACCCUAGGAGGAGAGGAAGGUGCUCCUCGUUCCUCAAUAUGAUAAUCACAUUUAUUGAUUCUACUUC